CAGUGACGGAUCAGGGAGGAGCCUAGUCCUAGUCUGGAGCGCUCGGGUUGAGGGAGGAGGAGAAGGAAAGAGGAAGAGUGUAAACGAGAGGGAGGGGAGAGAAAGAAAGAGAGAGAGAGACAGAGAGGGUGGCCUCUCGAAGCCGGUGUUUAUUUCCAAGGAAGUGCUAACGGUACUCGCGCUGGGGAAGUGGAGCUUUCCUGAGCGGGAAAAAGCCAGGAGAGAUUCCUUGCUCUCAACGCCAGCCGACCCGGAAUAGGGUCAGCGCUCCCAAGAAUCUCCCCAGUGCGGCAGCAGGAACUGCCCCGGCUUCCCGUCAGAAACUCCCAGCGGGGAUCACCGCAGCCCGAGAAGGAGUUACCGGACAACCAGGAAAAGAGGGAGCCGGCCCUGUUGCUGGAUAUACCCACACGCUCUCCUCUCUUCCUCCUACCGAGACUACUCCUAUCUGUCCAUCACAGAGAGACAGAAAGAGAAGAGGACAGACAGAGGGGGUGAGAAGACAGCGUUUAGAGGGAAAGAGACCGCUAGCCGGAGAGUUGGAGAGUUGGAGCGAUCAUUACGCCGUGCAGGCGUCUGAUCCUCUGUGCUGAAAACAGGAAGGAGAUGGAGGACUGGAUGGCGGCUCUCAAGAGUGUCCAGAACCGGGAGCACUUUGAGACCACCCAGUACAGCAUGGACCACUUCUCCGGGAUGCACAACUGGUAUGCCUGUUCCCACGCCAGGCCCACAUACUGUAACGUCUGCAGGGAAGCGCUGUCCGGAGUCACCUCACACGGACUGUCCUGUGAAGUGUGCAAGUUUAAAGCCCAUAAACGAUGUGCCGUACGUGCCACCAACAACUGCAAGUGGACCACAUUAGCCUCCAUUGGCAAGGACAUAAUCGAGGACGAGGACGGGAUUUCUAUGCCCCACCAGUGGCUGGAGGGUAACCUGCCGGUCAGUGCAAAGUGCACAGUGUGUGAUAAGACCUGUGGCAGCGUCCUGAGACUACAGGACUGGCGCUGCCUCUGGUGCAAAGCCAUGGUCCACACGACUUGUAAGGAGCAGCUCUCCACUAAGUGUCCUCUUGGUCAGUGUAAAGUGUCGGUCAUCCCCCCGACGGCCCUCAACAGCAUCGACUCAGACGGCUUCUGGAAGGCCACGUGCCCCCCCUCGUGCACCAGUCCGCUGCUGGUCUUUGUCAACUCCAAGAGCGGAGACAACCAGGGCGUCAAGUUCCUGCGCCGCUUCAAGCAACUGCUCAACCCGGCGCAGGUGUUCGACCUCAUGAACGGGGGACCGCACCUCGGCCUGCGACUGUUCCAGAAGUUCGACACCUUCCGGAUCCUGGUAUGUGGAGGUGAUGGCAGUGUGGGCUGGGUGCUCUCAGAGAUUGACACACUCACCCUCCACAAGCAGUGCCAGCUGGGUGUGCUGCCGCUGGGCACAGGGAACGACCUGGCGCGCGUGCUGGGCUGGGGGUCGGCCUGCGACGACGACGCGCAGCUGCCACAGAUCCUGGAGAAACUGGAGCGGGCCAGCACCAAGAUGCUGGACAGGUGGAGCAUCAUGGUGUAUGAGACAAAGUUCCCACGGCAACACUCCAGCUCCACGGUGACCGAGGACUGUAGCGAUGACUCAGAGGUACAGGUGCAGCAGAUCCUGACCUAUGAGGAUUCUGUGGCGGCACACCUGUCUAAGAUACUGUCCUCAGAUCAGCACUCCGUGGUCAUCUCCUCCGCCAAGGUUCUGUGCGAGACGGUCAAGGACUUUGUAGCCAGAGUGGGGAAGGCCUACGAGAAGAACACAGAGAGCUCCGAGGAGUCAGAGGCCAUGGCUAAGAAGUGUGGAGUGCUGAAGGAGAAGCUGGACUCCCUGCUGAAGACGCUGAGCGAGGAGGCCCAGGCGUCCAGCGUCAUGCCCACGCCUCCCCCCACCAUCGCGGAGGAGCAGGAGGAGGGCGAGGGCCUACUGGUGCCCCCCGUGGCCACGCCCGCUCCCGCACCCGUGCCCCCGUCCGCCGCCACCACUGCCAUCGCCACCUGCUCCCCCCGCAGCACCAGCGCCAUCUUUAAGCCCCGCGAGCAGCUGAUGCUCCGAGCCAACAGCCUGAAGAAGGCCAUCAGGCAGAUCAUAGAGCACACGGAGAAAGCCGUGGAUGAGCAGAACGCUCAGACGCAGGAGGUCUUUGCUCUGGGGCCGGACGAGGAGGAGGAAGAGGAGGAAGAGGAUAAGGUCUCUCUGCAGUCGUCCCACAGCGGGGGCAACAGGAGGCCCCCCCCCCGCAGAGUUGCUAAGACGCCAUGUGAGAAACUCAUUAGUAAGGGAGGCUUGUCUCUAGGGAGCUCUGCAUCACUUCCUGCCCAGACAGGAAGUAGGGACAACAUGCCGAUGCUCAACACAAAGUUCCUCUACCCAAGUCUCAGGGCAGGGAUGUCGGGGUCUCUGUCCAGUAGCUCAGUCAUCAGCAGAUUGCUGGUCAACGCUGACCCAUUCAACUGUGACCCUGAGAACCUGGACUGUUACACCGAGAAGUGUGUGAUGAACAACUACUUUGGGAUCGGGCUGGACGCCAAGAUCUCCCUGGACUUCAACAACAAGAGGGACGAGCACCCAGAGAAGUGCCGGAGUCGCACUAAGAACAUGAUGUGGUAUGGAGUACUAGGCACCAAGGAGCUGCUGCACCGCACUUACAAGAACCUGGAGCAGAAAGUGCUUCUAGAGUGUGACGGGCGGCCCAUCCCCCUGCCCAGCCUGCAGGGUAUCGCGGUGCUAAACAUCCCCAGCUACGCCGGCGGAACCAACUUCUGGGGUGGAACCAAAGAGGACGAUACGUUCACGGCGCCCUCUUUCGAUGAUAAGGUCCUGGAGGUGGUGGCAGUGUUUGGCAGCAUGCAGAUGGCCGUGUCACGUGUCAUCAACCUGCAGCACCACCGCAUUGCACAGUGCCGCAUGGUGAAGAUCACCAUCCUGGGAGAUGAGGGCGUGCCGGUGCAGGUGGACGGGGAGGCUUGGCUCCAGCCGCCAGGCUACAUCCGCAUCAUCCACAAGAACCGCACACAGACCCUUACACGUGAUAGGGCAUUUGAGAACACGCUGAAGUCCUGGGAGGACAAGCAGAAGUGCGAGUUUCCACGGCAACCACCCCAGCAUGCACUGCAGCCAGAGACAGUGUCUGAGGAGGAGGCAUCCCAGAUCAACCAGUUUGGCCAGGCAGCAGGAGCACUCAUACACAGCAUCCGGGAGAUUGCAAAGUCCCACCCCAGCAUGGAGCAGGAGCUUGCUCACGCGGUCAACGCCAGCUCCAAAUCUAUGGACGUGGUCUACGCCAACUCCAAGAGCGCAGGCGGCCUGGACUGUAGCGUCGUGGGUCAGAUGGUCAGUAACGUGAAGGCUCUUCACAGUGAAACUGAGCUGCUUCUGGCUGGGAAGAUGUGUAUGCAGUUGGACCCUCCCCAGAAGGAGCAGCUGUCUGGCACCCUUGGCAGUGUGGCCCAGCAGCUCCUGGGCCUGGCAGACAUCCCGUGGUUGUGCCAGCUCAUCGAGCCCACUGACGACGAGGAAAACCUGACGGACUUCUCCAAGCGUAGUCGCAGUGCCAAAUUCCGCCUAGUGCCCAAGUUCAAGAAAGACAAGAACAACAAAAACAAAGAGACAUGCGCCACUCUCAACCUGCCAGUGGACCAGUGGGGUACAGAGGAGGUGGCGGCCUGGCUGGAUCUGAUCUGCCUGACCGAGUACAAGGAGAUCUUUAUCGGGCACGAUGUGCGGGGGUCGGAGCUCCUGCACCUAGAGAGGAGGGACCUCAAGGAUCUGGGGGUGACCAAGGUGGGUCACAUGAAGAGAAUUCUACAGGGUAUCAGAGACUUGAGCCGCAACAGCUCAGCCAGCGAGGCCUAAACGCCUUCCUCUCUGCCUGCGUCUGCGGACCCAGCCAAUCAGACGAGCCCUGACGCCCUCAGCGCUGACAUGCCCCCUCUGCCACCCACUCUCCCAUUUGCCGGGACCAAUGCAGUAUCGCCCAAUCAGAGUCCACUCUAGGACUGAGACCAACCAACUCCAGUGCCUUCAUGUGCCCGCCUCCAUGACAUCAUUACUUUGGGAGACUUGAAAAUGUCAUUUCAUAAUGGAGGGAGGUACCAGAAGCCAAUCAUCAUCAUGAUCAUCAUCAUAUUAGGCUCAUACCAGUAUCAUCAGAUGGGUGGGUGGGUGGAUGGGUGGGGUAAGAGAAAACAUUAAAAGGAAAUAAUCAUAGUCUGAAAUAAAGUGGCGUUAGGAACAAAGGUUUUAGGAACAAGCACAGCCAACAAGAAAACUCAACUACCCAGAAAUGCCUGAUGAUCAGUGAGCCCUUGUUAGGGCUCAGCUGGCCUUACAUAGGUGAACUAGCACACUUACAGACCUUAAAGAAACUAGUGCUGGAAGGACAAUAGUGAAAAAUGUAGGGAUUUUUAAUAAGUUGUUUCAACUGGCUGGAGCUAGCAAAUUACUAAAUGACUGAUGUUUUCUUUUGUAUGAAAAUCUAUAUUUAUUUUAUGUAUGUGUUCUAUGUUGAAAUGUAUUUUCCUCAUGUUCCGAGCAUCAUGGUAUGUUCUGAGCUGACGUAGAACGUCAAGGAAGCACGCUCCCUUAGCCAGACGACGGGAACAGUUCUGAUAUAGAACGGUUCUACAAAGUAACAGCAGUGACAAUCAAUGUACCAAACCAACCAACAACUCAAUCAACUUAUCAACAACUGACCUCCAGUAUAUACCCAGGAUUAGCCAUAAGUCUCUCUCUCUUCACUGUGUCCCCUUUAGGGCUGUGUCCUCUCAGAUAAAGAUUAGAAAAGUAGAGUGGAGGACUUGAUAAUGAUGCCUGCCUUUAAAAGAAUGUACAGGGCUCAACACUGUGUGUUCCAGAGUGCUAAGGGCUCAACCUCACCACAGCGCUCCAGUAUGCCUUAAACUCCCCACCAACCCGACAGCCAAUCACAUAUCAGUCAGGGCUCUGGGUAGGCGGAGUCCUGGAACACACUCCGCCCCCUAAAACAUCUGCAUCAGGUACAUUAUUGUACUUGGCCAGGAAAACACACAAACAAACAACUUCUGCCUUGUAAUUAAUGAACAUGUGUAAUAUCCAGCAGUGCAUAUAUCGUUGUUUCAUUUUUGUCGGUUUUGUCUUGUGUGGACAGAUUUAUCAUGAUCAUAUCAGGGAUCCUCAAAAGGACCCAAUAUUAAGGGUGUCCUCUCUCUGCCUAUCUAGAAUUGAGAGCUCCCAAGGGCAUCCUUCCCAUCUGCCUGUCCAGUAUUUAUUGAUAAAUUAUAAAUACAUGUACGUGAUACUGUUGGCUGUACUUUUCCCGUCUAUAUGUAAAUAAACCCCUAUCAGGAGUGUAUAUACGGUCUUGUACAGUGGAGCUGUCAUGCUGUUAAUAAAAAUAUUGGUUUGUGUAAUGUU